GCGAAUGACUCCAUCACUGGCUGGAUCCGAGAGCCCUGCCUCUUUUCUCAUUGGACUGUGCAGCCAAGCCAAGCUGUCAGCCCAUGUGGCGUGGCCAGGGCAGAAUGUGAGACAUUUAAAUUCAUCAGACAAAAAAAGAUUCAAAGAAGCGGAGGGCUAACGUUACCCCCACAGACAGAGACACGGCAGAGGUAGACAUUCCUCAUUACAGUAACUGUUAGCUAAAGGAAAUACAUGACAAACGAGCACUAAGAUUUGACAAGUGCUUCAAAUAAUUCGGGAUCUUUCAGGAACGUCAAACCAGUCCGGACUGCACAGUAAUACAGCAUGGAUGAGAUAGUCAUAGCAGGAAUAUCGGGCCGUUUGCCUGAGUCCAACAACCUGGAGGAAUUCUGGGAAAACCUCAUCAAUGGUGUGGACAUGGUGACAGAGGACAACCGGCGGUGGACACCAGGUCUGUACGGUCUUCCAAAGAGGAAUGGUAAACUGAAGGACAUCAGCCACUUCGAUGCAGCCUUCUUUGGAGUCCACCCCAAACAGGCCAACACCAUGGACCCUCAGCUCCGUCUCAUGCUAGAGAUUGCCUACGAGGCAAUUGUAGAUGGAGGAGUGAACCCGGCCUCAAUGCGCGGCAGUAAGACGGGCGUCUACAUUGGGGUGAGUGGCUCAGAGGCUGGCGAGGCGUUCAGCAGAGACCCAGAGGAGCUGCUGGGCUACAGCAUGACCGGCUGCCAGCGCGCUAUGUUGGCCAACAGACUCUCCUACUUUUUUGACUUCAGGGGCCCUAGUACCGCCAUCGACACAGCCUGCUCCUCCAGCUUGCUGGCUUUAGAAAAUGCCUUCCACGCUAUUCGCCAGGGCCAGUGUGAUGCAGCUGUGGUGGGGGGAGUCAACCUCCUGCUCAAGCCAAACACCUCUGUGCAGUUCAUGAAACUGGGCAUGCUCAGUCCUGAGGGGACCUGCAAGUCCUUUGAUUCAUCAGGAAAUGGAUAUUGCCGUUCUGAGGCAGCAGUGGUAGUGCUUCUGACCAAGCGGUCGGUGGCUAAAAGGGUCUACGCCACAGUGGUCAACGCUGGCAACAACACAGAUGGAUACAAAGAGCAGGGUGUAACGUUUCCUUCAGGUGAGAUGCAGCAGAGGCUGGUUCGUUCUCUCUACCAGGAGGCUAAUAUAGCUCCUGAGCAGGUGGAGUACAUCGAAGCCCACGGCACCGGAACAAAGGUUGGCGACCCACAGGAAGUGAAUGGCAUUGUUGGUGUGUUCUGUCAAUCAAAGCGAGAACCUCUCCUUAUUGGUUCCACCAAGUCUAACAUGGGCCAUCCAGAACCGGCCUCUGGUCUGGCUGCUCUGGCAAAGGUGUUGCUUUCUUUGGAGCAAGGUGUAUGGGCUCCCAACCUGCACUUCAACAGUCCUAACCCUGACAUUCCCGCCCUCACUGAUGGUCGAGUUGUUGUUGUUGACCGGCCUAUACCCAUUCGAGGCGGCAUCGUAGGCAUCAACUCCUUUGGAUUUGGAGGUUCAAACGUUCAUGUGAUCCUUCGUCCAGCUGAGAAACCAGCCGACGAGACUGCACCGCCCAGGACGUUUCCCAGGGUGCUACAGGCCUGUGGCCGUACAGAGGCUGCCGUGAACACCAUACUCCAAAAAGGCAAGGAACAUGCUGCGGAUGAUAGCUUCCUGUCUUUGCUGAAUCAAGUAUCAGGAGUUCCUACUGCCAGCAUGCCCUAUCGAGGCUACGCACUGAUUGGCACUGAGAGUGACAUCAUGGAGGUGCAGCAGGUGCAGGCCGCUACCAGGCCUCUUUGGUACAUUUUUUCAGGUAUGGGAACACAAUGGGCAGGUAUGGGCCGCAGUCUCAUGCAACUGCCAGACUUUAGAGAGUCCAUCUUGCGGUCCGAUGCAGCUCUGAAGGACACCGGCCUGGUUGUGUCUCGCCUACUCAUGGAGGCUGACGAUGCCACUUUUGAAGACACUGUUCAUGCUUUUGUUGGACUGGCAGCCAUACAGAUAGCUCAGAUCGACCUACUCACUAAGCUGGGUCUGCAGCCUGAUGGCAUCGUAGGACACUCCGUAGGAGAGCUGGCUUGUGGCUACGCUGACGGCUCCCUCACUCACAGUGAGGCCAUCCUGGCUGCCUACUGGAGAGGCCGCUGCAUCAAGGAGGCCAACCUUCCCCCAGGAGGCAUGGCUGCAGUCGGGUUGACCUGGGAAGAAUGUCUGGCUCAGUGUCCUCAAGGAGUGGUCCCAGCUUGCCACAAUGCUGAGGACACCGUCACCAUCUCCGGUCCGCAGGAAGCGAUUAGUAAAUAUGUUUCCAAGCUGAAAGAGCAGGGAGUGUUUGCAAAGGAGGUGCGCAGCGCUGGCGUCGCUUUCCAUUCCUAUUACAUGGCCUCCAUCGCCCCAACCCUCCUGGCUGCUCUGAAGAAGGUGAUCAAGAUGCCGCGGCAGCGUUCAGCCCGCUGGGUGAGCACCAGCAUUCCUCAGUCUGAAUGGGACUCUCCUCUGGCUCUGUACAGCUCAGCUGACUACCAUGUCAACAACCUGGUGAGCCCUGUGCUGUUCCAGGAAGGCCUCAGUCUGGUGCCUGAAAACGCUGUGGUGGUGGAGAUAGCACCUCAUGCUCUACUGCAGGCCAUCCUGAAGCGUAGCCUGAAGCACACGUGUUCCAUCCUCCCCUUGAUGAAGAGAGGCCACACCAACAACCUUGAGUUCUUCCUCUCAAACAUAGGCAAAAUCUACAUGAACGGGGUCAACGUACAUGGGAACAGCCUCUGCCCAGUGGUGCAGUACCCUGUCCCAGUUGGUACCCCUCUGAUUGCCCCCUUGGUGCAGUGGGACCAUGCCCAGACCUGGGAUGUCCCCAAGGUAGAGGAUUUUUCCUCUGGCUCUGGAGGAACCAGUUCUGCCACAGUUUAUAAGAUUGACAUAAACCCAGAGUCUACAGACUACUACCUGACUGGACACUGCAUUGAUGGUCGUGUCCUGUAUCCGGCGACGGGUUACCUGGUGCUAGCCUGGCGUACCUUGCUAAGAAGUCUGGGGGUUGUCAUGGAAAUCACCCCUGUAACCUUUGAGGACGUCACUAUUCACAGGGCCACGAUCCUGCCAAAGACCGGCUCAGUCCAGUUGGAGGUGCGUCUCAUGCCUGCCACAAACAAGUUUGAGGUUUCAGAGAAUGGAAACCUGGCUGUCAGUGGUAAGGUGAGCAUUCUGGAGGAUGCAGCCCUUGACUCAUUCCGUAGUAGGAUAAGUCAACAAGCUGCCUACGAUGAAGGUGACCCUAAAAUGAGGCUUACGGCACAUGAUAUCUACAAAGAGCUGCGACUGCGUGGUUAUGACUAUGGGAAUGCUUUCCAAGGCAUCUUGGAGUCCAACAAUGCAGGAGACAGUGGGAAACUGCAGUGGACAGGAAACUGGGUGACCUUUUUGGACACCAUGCUACAGAUGAUCGUGGUUGGCCUGUCGGGUCGUAGUCUGCGUUUGCCAACCAGGAUCCGCUCAGUGAGUGUUGAUCCAGUUGUCCAUCUGGCGAAUGUCUGCAAGUACACUGAUGGAAAGGAAGCUGUGGAUGUCCACGUAAACCGUUGCCUUGACAACAUUGUUGCUGGUGGAGUCCAGAUCUCCGGUCUUCAUGCCACUGUGGCACCCCGUCGGCAGCAGCAGCAGAAUCCCCCUACCUUGGAGGAGUUUGUGUUUGUUCCCUAUGUGGAGAUGGAGUGCCUGACAGCCAAUGGGAAACUUGCAGAGCAGCUGAGGCUCUGCAAAGGUUUAAUCCACAGACUGCAGCAAAAGUUGGCCCCUCAUGGUGUCAAGCUCUCCAUCCCCGGGAUACAAGUGGAGUCAGACGGUCCUUUACCCAACCCCGAAAAUUCUGAGCCCGGCCUGGUGCGGCUGAUGGCCCUGCUUUGCAGCCUGGAGCUGAAUGGGAACCUUCGAUCUGAGCUAGAACAGACAGUGGAGAAGGAGAAGGCGUGUCUGCUGCAGGAUAGCCUGCUGCAGGGGCUGCUCGACAGCCAGGCCCUCAGACACUGCCUGGACAUCACCAUAGAAAAUAGCAUGCCUGGAAAGAUCAAAGUCCUGGAGGCUCUCUCCAACGAUAGUCAGCUCUUCUCUCGCUUGGUUGCCCUCCUCAACAUCCAGCCCAUGCUGCGUGUGGAUUACACUGCCACAGCGACCAACCUGGACCUUCUGACCCCCCAUCAGGCCACCCUUGAGAGGCUGGCAGUUACAUCAGCUCAGUGGGACCCCCUGAUGUGUGCGGCUCCUGGAGGUGUAGUAGGAGGGGCAGACCUAGUGGUGUGUAACCACGCCUGGGGCCCUGUAAGGAAGGACCCUGCUCUGCUGGUGGCAAAUCUGGCUUCUGGAGCCAAACAAAGGGGGUUUGUUCUUAUCCACACCUUGCUGAAGGGAGAGACUCUGGGGGAAACCGUUGCAUUCCUCUCUGGCACUACUCAGAGCAGCAGCCAGCAAGGACUGCUCACACAGGCUGAGUGGGAGAAGGUGUUCUCUGAGGCCUCUCUCAACCUGGUGGCGGUCAGGAAAUCUUUUUAUGGCACGGCCCUCUUUCUUUGUCGCCGUCAGUCUCUGGGCAAACAGCCCGUUUUCCUACCUGUGGACAGCACUGACUACACGUGGGUGGAAACACUUAAGGCGAUGAUUGCAGAGUCAUCAGACUGUCCAGUGUGGUUGACUGCCUCCCAGCCUCACUGUGGCAUUGUGGGAAUGGUCAACUGUCUAUUGCAGGAGCCAGGUGGCAACCGAAUACGCUGUGCGUUUGUGUCCAAUCUAAACGAGUCUUCUGCAGUACCGAGCCUCCAGCCAGCCCAUAAGUCUAUGCAGUCAGUGCUAGAAGGGGAUCUGGUCAUGAAUGUGUUCAGAGACGGACACUGGGGCGUCUUCAGGCAUCAGCUCAUCAGUCACGAUUUAAAAGAAGAGUUGACUGAGCAGGCAUACGUCAAUGUGUUGACUCGAGGUGACUUGUCUUCUCUGCGCUGGAUUGCUUCCCCACUCCGCCACUUUGUGACCAGCAACCCCAACGUGCAACUGUGUCGUGUCUACUACAGCUCACUCAACUUUAGAGAUAUAAUGCUGGCCACCGGCAAACUGCCACCAGAUGCUAUUCCAGGUGACCUUGCUCUGCAGCAGUGCAUGUUAGGUAUGGAGUUUUCCGGUUAUGACCCGAUUGGUCGGCGUGUGAUGGGGCUGCUGCCUGCUAAAGGCCUGGCUACAAGUGUAGAUGCUGACAAACGGUUUCUCUGGGAUGUUCCCUCCAGCUGGACACUGGAGCAGGCAGCUUCGGUACCAGUGGUCUACGCCACAGCCUACUACUCUCUGGUGGUGCGUGGAAGGCUCCGCCCUGGAGAAACUGUUCUAAUCCACUCAGGAUCAGGGGGGGUCGGCCAGGCUGCCAUCGCCAUAGCACUCAGCAAGAAAUGUAAAGUCUUCACGACAGUUGGCUCAAUGGAGAAGCGGACUUAUCUGCAGAAGAGGUUCCCCCAGCUCUCAGCAGAGUCCUUCACUAACUCCAGAGACACCUCAUUUGAACAGCACAUUCUUCUCCACACACAGGGAAAAGGUGUGGAUGUGGUGCUGAACUCUCUGGCUGAGGAAAAGCUGCAGGCUAGUAUUCGCUGCCUAGCCAGACAUGGACGAUUCCUAGAGAUCGGCAAAUAUGACCUGUCCAACAACUCCCCACUAGGCAUGGCUCUGUUCCUGAAGAAUGUGACAUUCCACGGCAUCCUGCUGGAUGCUCUGUUUGAAGAGGGCAACCAAGAGUGGGAGGAAGUGUCCCAGCUGCUGAAGGAAGGCAUUAUUGGAGGUGUAGUUCAACCUCUAAAGACCACAGUGUUUGAGAGGGACCAAGUGGAGGAAGCAUUCAGAUACAUGGCUCAGGGCAAGCACAUUGGCAAGGUCGUCCUGCAGGUCUGUUCUGAGGAGAGGGAAGCAGCAGUCCAAACUGCUUCCCCUUUGUCUUUUCCAGCUAUCUGUCGCACAUUCUGCCACGCCUCCCACUCCUACAUCAUCACCGGUGGAUUGGGGGGCUUCGGUCUGGAGCUCGCUCAGUGGCUGACAGAGCGAGGAGCUCGCAAACUGGUGCUGACUUCCAGAUCAGGUAUCAGGAAUGGUUACCAGGCGAAGCAAGUGCGUGAAUGGCAAGGUCAGGAUGUGGAAGUGCUGGUGUCAACCAAUGAUGUCGGCACAGUAGAGGAAACGGAGCAACUCAUCGCUGAGGCCUCCCAACUGGGUCCAGUGGGCGGCAUCUUCCACCUAGCCAUGGUAUUGAAAGAUGGCAUGUUGGAAAAUCUGACUCCUCAGCUCUUCCUUGAUGUCAACAAACCUAAAUAUGAGGGCAUCGUUAACCUGGACAAGGUGACAAGAAAGUUAUGUCCAGACCUCAGCUACUUUGUGGCCUUCUCCUCAGUCAGCUGUGGCCGUGGGAAUGCUGGCCAAAGUAACUAUGGUUACGCCAACUCGGCCAUGGAACGUGUGUGCGAAAAGCGCCACUACGAUGGUCUACCUGGACUGGCAGUUCAGUGGGGUGCCAUUGGUGAUGUGGGCGUGGUGCUGGAGACCAUGGGUGGCAAUGAUGCAGUGAUUGGUGGCACCCUACCACAGCGCAUCACAUCCUGCCUGGAGGUGCUGGACCGCUUCCUGUGCCAGCAGCAGCCAGUGAUGUCUAGCUUUGUACUGGCAGAGAGAACGGUGGUAAAGAGCGAGGCAGGAAGCCAAAGAGACUUGGUGGAUGCUGUAGCUCACAUUCUGGGCGUACGAGAUGUGAACAGCCUGAACGCUGAUGCCUCAUUGGCUGAUGUGGGCCUGGACUCCUUAAUGGGUGUGGAAGUUCGGCAGACUCUGGAGCGUGACUACGACAUCAUCAUGUCCAUGAGAGAGAUCCGCCUGCUCACCAUAAACACGCUACGAGAGCUGGCCAAUAGCAAGCCAGGUGGAUCAAAUGUACACAGGAUGAAAACUAGUAAAUUCAUAUUAUUGUCUCCUUCCAAAUCUCUGAUUCUCCAGCUUCUGGAGACGCUUCUUCCACUUUCAGACCUGGAAGCCCGUGUCAACGUGGCGGUGGACCUAAUAACCUCCAGCCACAAGAACAUCAGCCGGGACUCACUGCACUUUGCAGCCACUGCCUUCUACUACAAGUUGAAGGCUGCUGAUGGCUAUGUCCCUGCGACCAAAUACCACGGCAAUGUAACACUACUACGUGCCAAAACCAGCAGUGAAUAUGAACAGAACCUGGGGGCUGACUACAAGCUCAACGAGGUCUGUGAUGGCGAGGUGUCAGUCCACAUCAUCGAAGGAGACCACCGCACCUUCUUGGAAGGAGAGGGGGUGGAGUCUAUUACCAACAUCAUCCACAGCUCACUGGCAGAUCCACGUGUCACGGCAAGGGAGGGCUAGACAUACCCAACCACACCCUCAUACCGACUGCACCUUCGCACUAAUUCCAUAAAAUUCCCCAAAUGGGUCACUUACUCCAAUUGGUUUAACGUUGUUUUAUACAGUAAUAAUAAUAAAGUAAGUCUUUGGACACAGUAUGUUUACAUUCUGUGUCAUUUUGCCCUAAUAUCCCAAAUGCACCUUAUUCCUCUUUAUUGCACCUUUUCAAAUGUGUUGUGGACACUCUCCCCAGAGCUCUUAGCUGGUAUCUUCCUAUUUGGUAAAUAAAAUGUGCUGCCGGUAGAAGUUCUGAGUUAAGAGUCAUUAUGUUGCCAUGUUUAAUUCAGCCUUUUUUGUAGUAGAGAUACCAAUUUUAAACAAUUUUCUCUAAACAAGACUCCAGUGAAAUCAUUAGUAAUUUCUAAAAUACGUGUUCUGUUUGUUUGUCUUUAAUAAAUUAAAUUUUUUACUUAGGCUUUAGAAUAUGCAAUUAAAAGGUUUUUGCAUUUCUCUAUAUGAAAAUAGCCCGUCAGUUUUGAAUUUUGCUCAGUCAGUGGAGCGCACAGUAAGACAGUAGACUAAUUUAGAAUAAUAGACUAACUUGAAACAAAAGCUAAUCCCUCCCUCCCAUUAAAUAUAAUUCACAUACCAACUUGUUUCACAGGCUCUGGAUAAUGCCACCGUGAGUAGACCAAGGCAAGCACACUCCUGUAACUAAAUCUGUUAAAACAGAAAAGAUCACCACUACUGUUACUGAGCAUUCAGACCUAAAACAGCCAGGUUCAACUGUUGUUUUUUUUUGUGGGCUCUGACAAAAAAUUUUUUGUCAGAGCCCUCUAAUUUGUCAUUAAUUGAAAUAAAUAGAGGUGCUGUGUUUUCUUCAAGAAGCUCUGAUGUUGGUCUGAACAUAGCCUCCAAUUGCAUGUCCCUCACCUUUAAUGUUUUUUAAAUGAUUAACACUUUAGUCAUCAUGUUCCACAUUUACUGCUAAAAUUAAAAGAACUGGACAGUAAUCUAGUAUAGCAUGAAAGGCUGGCUCUGUAGCUGUGGUGAGCAAAUACUAAGUCAGCUGCUUUGAAGCUUUUGUCACAUUUAUGCUACUCAGCCCAAAGUCUAUUUCAUAAUUGCACACUAAUGCAUGUUUAUGUGUGUAAAGGAGGGCAGGAGUCUUCUACUGCAGAUGUCCUUUACUCUGCUCAAGUAAUGGCACACAAACUUGUUAAACUGCCAUUGUAAAAUUACCCCUGACCCAGCACUGCCAAUGCUAAUUAGUUAUUACUGGUAAUACAACAAUUUUACUUUUAAAUUUUCUCUCUUUUUUUCUGUUUCUCAAAAACAAAUGUACCUAUUGUGUAGAGGAUGCAAUCAUAUUCUGUUGAGUGAUUUUAUGUUUGUAUUGUUGUUGUUUUUGUCAACUGAGCUAAACCAAAACUCACUCAAAUGAUGGCGAGCCUCUAAAAUGAUUAACACAGAGCAAUUUGGUCUGCAAUUGUAUUUCUGUAAUAAACUGCAGCUUCAAUGCAACAAACAUACAAAUCAUGUUAUCUGGUUUUGCCCUUUAAUACAUUAUUCAUCUCUCAUUCACCAUGGUGACCAGCAUGAUAUUAUUACAAUUAUCACAGAGUAUCUUUAUCCUGCAGUACUUCACAAACCAAUUGUAGAAUAUCAAAAUGUUUCAUUUGCCAGAGAGAUGACUUGUUAACCUGUUGAUGAAAUACUAUCACACUUAAAGGCACACAUUGAAAUGUAGAUUGGGUCAGUCAAGGCCAACUUUUCCCAGCCGAUAAACAUAUUGAUGCCAGCACAUUGUUGAGUUGAUUAGUUGCUUUGCUCCUUAACAAAUGAUGGACUUCUCUGUACACAAGGUAUUCACCUUGAGAGUGAAAACUAGUUACAGUAUUUUGAUAGACCCAUAGUGAUGUACUGAAUAGGUUUUGUGUGUAAAUGUCUCACUAAAUGUUGCAUCCUUUCCCAAAUCAGCUUGUAGGCUGUGAAUGACCAUUGUAACUGAUCUGAACAGCAGGUCGUUUGAUCCUUGAUAGGCUGUGUCCUCCUGGAGCUGUCUCUGACUCCUAUGAACUUCACCAACCCCAGCAAGCAGUCCCACUAUACAACAGCCAACUUGACCACUGAGACCUCUAAUCUGGUCUGUGAAGGGUCAGGUGACUGGGCUAAUGUGGUGAUUAAUUGCAGUGAAAAGGAGAAGGAAGUGACAGUGUAUGCACUACUUAUAUUGUAAUAAUUCCAGUAUGUCUUAUGUCUAAUAAAGAUAUCUCACUCA